AUUAUUUAUAACAAAUUGGUAGUACCCUAAACUGCCACCAGGUCGGUACUAGCAGCCUUCUGAAACCCUAAUGUACCUACAUCGGUCGAUAGACGGGUGGGGAUGAGGUGGCAGCUGCUACGCAGGUUUUACGGCGCACACAGUGUUACCAAGUCUUUGUCCUACUUGAAACCUAUUCGGCCUUGUGGCUCUCACAAGGCCACCACGCAAUUACCUGCGCAUUGAGCUCAAUCCGAAAAAAAAAUCCCGAAUUAAAACGAAUCCGUGGAAAGCCCUCAAAAAGUCAUAAAAAAUGGGAAAAGGAUUUGCCCUCGUCCAUUGGAUUAUGGCGAAAAGAACGGAAAUACUCAAGUGCGAAUUGAUACCCGAGAAAUAUCGUCGUGAAAAUGCUGUUGUGAAUUUAAAGUGUCGCCACUUGUUGUCUGGUGUAUCCGAAGCUCGUCUGGCGAAAAUUGUGAAAAUUGAGCAAAAUAGAGUGAACUUGCAUAACAUCCAGGUAGACCCGGAUACGGGAAUAAUAAUGCAAAUGACAGCUGGCAAGCCCCCGAAGAUAACAACAAAAAAAUCCGAAUUAGGGAAAAAACUGAAACAGAAAGAGUCUAAAAAGAGGAAGAAAAAGUCUGGGAAGCGGAAGAAGUGCAAACACAUUGAUGAAUCUAGCGAUUCUGAUGAUUCAUCCAGCAGUGAUUCGAGCUCAGAAGAGUCAGAUGAUGAGAAUCAAGAUGACAGUGAUGAUGAGGAGGCCUUGAGAGCAGUGAAAGCCUUACUUUCCUCUGUGACACCAGACAAUAUAAAAUUUAUCCGCAAACUCCUUCCAUUGAUGGAGCUAUCGUACAAGAAACAACAGAAGACCUCCCGACAUCAGGAAACAAUUAUUGAAGAGCCAGAACCGGAUCCCAUUGCAAUCAUUGAUCCCGAGCCGAUGGAUCUGCAGUCUAGUCUCGAGGGAUUUCUACCUCCAAUGACGAUAGCGGCAAUAUUUCAUCGGUGCCAGGAUCGACUGGAUUGGAAGAAACUAACGACUGAUAUACUAGUGCAAAUUUAUGGUAAACAAUUAGCACACCUGUCGGCUAAGGGUAGCAGAGGUGCGCAGGGCAUCGAUCCUGCUGUCUAUCGUGCCAUUUACGAUUUGGUAAAUAUGAGAUUGGGUUCAAUCCUCCCCACAAAGGCCUUCGUGAGGCACGUGAACAAAGUUUGCUCGAACCGUAAAAAAGCGCAGAGAGUGAAAAUGAUGAAUGCCCAACCUGACACCUGGAGCAACGUUCAAGUGAAAUUAGAAUUGCCAACGACGUCGACUCAUGUUGAACAUCCGCAGGAAAUCGCCCCAGGACCCUCUUCAAUUCCCAGCUAUCAACAAUACAUGGCAAAACCUCUGGAGAGUGACUCCAAGCCUAUAAUAACUUCUAUCAGGUCCGGGGAGGAUGCGGCAAGUACAGUUCCCUCGUCUUCCAUGGCAGACGGAGUUGCAUCCUCUGUUCAUGGGGGUGGAUAUGGAUAUAUUCCUGAGACAUCGACUUAUCAAAAUCCGGUGUCAUCUCAUCUCGAUUAUGAAUUUUCAUCAUAAAUAAUUAUUUCCAUAUUUUAUAUUUCAAAAUACAACGGAAUUUUUUAAUAAAAUGAUUCUCUUUCUUCUCGAGAAAAUUGUUUUUAACAAUUUUAUUCGAGAAUGACAAUUUUUCCAAAUACUCUGCAUUUAAAAACUCGUUUGUCCCCAUUCUCGAGAGCAUAACUCUAACAAUAAAAAAAACUAAAAUGCAGCAGAUUCAAUAAUCGAUGAUACGACAUCGCGCUCCUGAAAUAAAAAUGCAAAAGUGUAAAAAAUAAACCGGAAGUAUUUUCAACUCGAAUAAAUAGUGAACUAGUACACGAAAAAGGGAUGACGUCUUCCAUUCGUAAACUGAAAAGGCAAAGAGAUGGAGUUUGAGGAAAAUGCACGUCAGGAGAAGAUUCGCUGGAGAAAGAGGCGCAUCGACUGAAGAGAGAGAAAUAUAGCCAGAGAUGCAUCAAUACAAGUUGCAUUUACGCCCGAGGUAUAAACGAGUCGUGUGGUUACGCUGGUCUGACCGUUACCGAAGCAGAAUGGACUCCACCCGCUUUAUCCCAUCUUUUCUUCGGGAAUAAAAAAAAAAGGGCGGAGAGGAGGCGAGGGUAUGAUACCGCUGAAAUACCAAAACCGGAGAAACAUUCCGACCGCCACAUGCGCACGCCCCGUUGGGAGGGUGAAGACGAGGGGGUGAAGGGGCUGAAAGUCAUCGGUGUGACGAUCCAGUGAGCACAGCGGGUGCGGGCUUCAUAUUCGAUCCUGGUGUGCGGUCCAUACCUAGCGCACGUGCGUUUUUCACCUCGAGGCAUAUUUUAUUCGAGACCUGAUCACGAGUCAAUGGUCACACACCUAUACACCCGGUAGGCAGUUAAUUGUGAGGAAAUUGACGAUGCCAGCUGGUUAACGAGACACAAUACAUUGUUGACUCUUCCUUCGAUGAAAAAUUUCGGCUCUUACACCUGUUUGAAUCAACUCACGAGUGAAUUAUCCCGAGGACAAAUUCCAGCGAUUUUCGAUUUUUUAGGGAAGCUCCAUCGGAAUUUAAUUUGUUCCUAGUACAGGAUAUGGAGAUUCCAAAAAAAAUGCAACAAAGAGAAAUUUUGUAUCCGAAACAUUUGAUAACGAGGGGAAAUAGAAAAUAACGAACAUCGUAAAUGUAAUUGUACCUGAAAUUCGGUUGCUCGCUGCACCCCAGACUAGAGUGAAAAAUAAAAUUCUGGAAUAAAAAAAUCUCGGUUGUAAUUCCGUUAAACAUGGCUUUCAGGAUAAUGAUAAAAGCUCGGCUAACAAGGAUCAUAACGACAGGCGGAGGCGAAGACGGAGAUAGAUAAUCGGGGAUUUAUAAUGAAACUGUAUUACUGGUUUAUAUGGAUGUGAUGAACAGUGUCGCUAAUCACAUUUCGCUCGCUUGUAUCCCAUAAGUCAAUGGAAAAUACAUGAGUCGAGAGGAAAUGCGAUAAUCGUUUCGAGAGUCAGGAAUAUUUUUACAUCCACGAACAAUGGUAAAUCAAUACGGGAAUUAGUCAUGAACACGUGCCAUCGUAGCACGUAGUUGAGAUAAAAAUAAUUAUCGCUGAGCCAAUAUCGAGUAACAGAUGAGCAUAUCAAUGAUGAAAGCUCGAGGGAGCUGUGCUUGAUGAGAAUUCUUUGGUGCAUUUUUAAGUUGUCUAUUCUCGGGGUUAUGCCGAGACAAUUAUGUCUAAAUCGAUUUAGCUCUUCAGAAUUAAAAACACAAUUAAUAAUUGUACAAAUGACAACAGAAUGGGGCGAAGGGGGCGGUGGUUGGCAGAUUGUUUUGAAAUAUUCAUAACUUUGAAUAAUUAAUGAAGUGUCUUCGUUUCAUCACGACGGAAUUGUCUUCCCCACUUUCGAAGGGAAAGAAAAAAAUGCUGUUAUUAUCGUCGAGCAUUUUUUCUUCCUUCAAUUAUAAUAGAGAAAUGCACAGUGCCUUUGCUCUACUUCGUAAAAAUAUGCAGUCAGAAGCAUUUGGGUUUCACCGACUUAUAUAAGACGUUGGAAAAACUUUUUCCUCCUGUGUCCCUUUUCGCCUCCCCCCCCAGGGCCACCCUGUCCCUCUUGGAAUCUUGAUAAACGCUUCGGUCCAUCUACUGGCACACGGAUAUGAAGAGAUGGAAUAAGUUUUUCAUUGAAUUAAGAAAGUUUCACGUAAAAGUACAUUAAUGGAAACCCUCCCCAGUCCUUUCUGGUUUCCCAGAGUGUUUUCAUCCCUUUUUUUUUCCGGCAGGUUUGCUAGUAACAUAAUGAGAAAAUCUCGCGACAAACUAAUUAAAAAUUGCUUGAGAAGUUAACAGCGGAUGGUUCAGAUCGUGUCUGACGUGAAGAUGGAAAUUAUUAUUUAUAUUUCCAGCCGCAUCCGGUGUUCGUGGCACGAUCGCAUCCUUUAUUUAUCCCCGAACUAUGUUUUUAAUUCACCUCUCGGGGAUUUAUUCUUGAAUGGCGACUGACAAAUAGGACAUUUGGCAAUCGAUUCCGCAUGAGGGGGCGACUGGGGUAAAAUAAACACAAGUUUUUUUUAAUGUCAAUGAAUUAUUCAAUCGAGGGAAUGCUGUCGAAUUCAUUUGCAAAUAAAAAGGAAAUAUUUCACCCAAAUAAAAUAAUUUUUGUGGUGAGAGUGCUCGAGAGACUUAAAUUUUCAAAUGUGGAGAUAAAUAAUAAAAUGUCGCUGAAAUAUCAAUUUUAUUUCAACAAUGUCAACUCGUGGGUGUAGAUCCAUAAAACUUCAUGAACCCGUGAAAAAUGUCAACGCUUAAAAUUACUGGUUAAACCUUCCCGUGUAUUUAUUCAUCUACAACUUUAUAAAAAUUCAAACUCAAGAUUGUUCAAUCGUUACCCCGUCGAGCGAAAUAAUUAGCCGCAGGGAAAAUGCCGGGAUGUAUAUACACAGAAUGAAACGACCCGUUGAUGGAAUGCGUACAGAGUAAGUAGCCCGAAGCGCAACAGGCGGCGUCCGGAAUUUGCAUUCUAGUGGUGGGGACACUUUGUCUCGACAAUAAUUGAUCCAAUUACGCCGGGGCAUCCCCAAAUUACCUCAGAUUUCUCCCUCGUUUGGGU